GCGGUUAAGAUCGUGGAUAUUUACAAAUGCCAUAACCGAUACUGUAUUGAAGUGUUCAUUCAUAUCUUAAAUUAGUUAAAACGUUUAUUGAGUGAUAGUUUGAAUACAAGUUUUGAGAUGCUCAAAUCCACUCCUUAAAUAAGAGAGCGAAGUAUUUGCACAAAUGUUUUUUAAUCUUUUUCCGCAUACACUACAAGGCCGUGCUUUGUAUUGAGCUCAAGUGAAGAAGCAAUGAAUUCUCUUUUCAUUGAGCGAGGUGUGGAUGCUGCUGAAAGAAACCAAAGAAAGGCUGAAAAUUUAUCCUCUGCGAUCAAAUAACUGGGGAAAGAAGAAGGAAAUCAGUGUAAAAACGAAUCAUAAUUAAACGCUUCUAAGGCCUAUUAAGAAUGAUUGUUUUAUAUCAUUCACACGGUGCGUUUUCGGAAACGGAGAAAAAUUAUCAACAAAUGAGGGCUCACACGAAAUGUUUGAGAAGAGUCAAAUAACUAAAAAGUAAAAAUAAAAUGUGCAGUGUGCUGACGUGAUUGAGAAAAGGAAAAACGAAAAUAAAAAAGAAUACUGUCGGCAUCAACAGAGGUGUUAUUUGAGAGGCUUCACGAAAUAAGAAUUUCCAUUGGUUAGCAUAGUCAAAAGUUUUAGUUGAAGUGAAAGAAUUUCAAUGUCUUGGUCUACAAAUUAUACCAAAGUGUUCUAUCAUGAGAUCAUCACUCGGAGUCACGAAAAUUUUUACAUUUUAUUUUAUUCUCUUCAAUUUAUACACAAACACAAAAUUUUGUGUAAUCUCCGUCGGUGCCAAUCGCAUCAUUGGCAACAGUAUCAUUAAUAAUGAUGGCAAUGAUGAGUCAUUUAAUUUAGCUUCGACACAUUCCACUCUUGAUUCUGUCGGUCUAUUGAGUUAUAGUGCUAAAAGUAAUUACACACAUCAGAUGAACGCACUGUCAAAAGCGCACCACGUGCGCCAUAAGCAUCAUUUGGAAACUGGUCGCCAUAAAAUUGAAGCGAAGCGGACAGAUCCUUUGUUUGAAAAAAACUUUAAACCCGUGAGCAUGCAAACAGGUCGAAAUCGUGGUGCUGGUCGGCAUCAAUCCAAUCGUGAACACUCCGUGCAUGCAAGAAUCGUUAAAAAUAGUGCCAAACACGAGAAGAAAAGUGCAUUUCCAAAUUUUGAAGUAGUAUCACAUGCUGAAAAUAUUAGCAAAAGUAAACAAGGACACCGUAAAUUCAGGAGCUCUUCUAGCCACAACCACAUCGUUCCAGGACAUCACCAAAAGGAUACAAAUGUUAAAGACGAUCGUGUUGACCAACAAACAAUAGUAGAGCAUUUAGUAGUGAAAAAUGAUCAAGCUGUAGCUAAAGAGUUAACCGAACAAAAUAAUAAGUAUUAUAAUAGAAAUUAUUUUGAAGUGCUUCUUAAUAAUUUUAAAGCUAACUCUCCUUACUACAAACCACUUAAUGCAGUGAACAAUACAGAGUUGGCUGGAAGUAGUGCUGAAUAUGACGAUUAUGAAGAUUACGAUGAUGACUAUUAUUAUGAGGACUAUGAAUAUGAUGAAGAUGAAACACAAGGUGAUGCGGCAUAUGGUACAACGAAAAAUUCUAUCUUAAUAGAAGGUAUUAGUGAACCUGCCAGUACAAUAAGCUCUGUCUUCAAGCAUAGCACUAAAGGGAGCUCAAAUUCAACAAAAACUUUAGAUAAGGUAAGAACUAAAAUUAUUUUUCAUGAUUGUACAACGUGCUUGAUAAGUUUCUUUUGACUUCUGACACUAUUUGGUACUAUCA